AUGCACCCUGAACCCGUCGCCCUCGCGAGGGGGUCGUACGGGGUCCUCACUGGGUCCAAGCCAACUUCCGGACGUGGAGUGACUGGGUUGAUCACCUUCCGCUCUGCUCCAUCCAUCACACGCGUCAAGUACACGAUCGCGCAUGCCCGCAACGGCAAAGUGGAAGGAGACAGGUCCGGACAACGUGUCCCAGCAAAAUACUGGCUGGCGACGCCACCUCCAUGCGAUCAAUUGCAUUACAACUACACGAUCACCGACUGCGACAAACACUCGCGACGUCAAGUGACGUUCUUGUGGAAGGUGGCCGACAACGGCGCGAGUUCCGAGUGCACAGGCGGCAUCCCUUUGCCCCCUCCGACAUCAGUCCUGUGCUCGACGACAUGCCCACGACCAUCUCCGCGGUACUCCCCUCUUUCGUGUUGUGUACUCGCUCACGCCAAUUAA